CCUCAAACCUCACUUCGUAGCCAACAUUCACCACGUUGCCUACGUCUGGCCGUGCUUCUGCAGCACAUGCCAAAAGGGUGACGUGAAAAUGGACGACUUCAACAGUGAUACCGACUCGGAUUAUACCAGCUAUUGGCGCGACUGGUUCAUCUCCUCUCGAGGCAACGAAUAUUUCUGCGAAAUCGAUGAAGACUACCUGACCGAUCGAUUCAACCUUACUGGCCUUAAUACUGAAGUUCAAUACUACCAAUAUGCGCUGGACUUGGUUACCGAUGUGUUUGACCUGGACUGCGACGAUGAGAUGAGGGAGACAAUCGAGAAGUCUGCAAGACACCUGUAUGGGCUCGUACACGCCAGAUAUAUUGUCACCACGAGAGGCUUAGCAAAGAUGUUGGAGAAGUACAAGAAAGCAGACUUUGGAAAAUGCCCUCGAGUGAUGUGCAAAUCACACCCACUCCUACCUAUGGGCCAGUCCGACAACCCAAACGUCAAGGCUGUUAAGCUUUACUGCGCCAAGUGUGAAGAUAUCUACAACCCUAAAUCCUCCCGUCACUCUGCUAUUGAUGGCGCGUACUUCGGCACUUCCUUUCAUAACAUCAUAUUCCAGGUCUACCCCGCGUUGAUCCCCCAAAAGAGUUAUGAUAGAUACGUACCCCGCAUCUAUGGCUUCCGGGUUCAUGCUCCAGCGACCUUGAUCCGAUGGCAACAUGGACAACGAGAUGAGAUGCGACGACGUCUACGACGACUUGAGAUUGAGAGUGGCUUCAAGGAUGAUGAAGAGGAAGUCGAUGCUGGGGAUUCGGACGAGGAAGAAGAAGAUGAAGAGGUCGAUAUGGAUGCUCUCGAGAACGGUGAAGUGGAGGGCGGAGAAUUAAACAACCAGAUAUAGUUUUGCUGGGAAGCGUGCUCGUCAUCGUGGUGCUUGGCUAUGAGUUCGUAUGUUUGCUUCUUGAAGGAUCUCUUAGGGCGGAUGGGUCAUGCAUAAAUGUCUGGCGUUCGGAACCCUAUGGACAUAUGGCGCAGUUACCUCGUCGCUAGCCGGGGCAAGGCAGGCUGGCAUAGAAAGCAUUUGUUGUCGUUCAUUUACAUCAUCUUAUCUUUUGCUUGUGGAAUUGUGAAUCUACUGUGCUGCACGUUAUAUGAACUCAGGGUUCGCAGAG